CAUUACUAAUGUGCAGUGCAUCUGUUGGACAGAGUGUGUGGCCUGGUGACUCCAUGGAACUACCCUCUGAUGAUGCUUAGCUGGAAGAUGGCUGCCUGUCUAGCUGCUGGUAAUACUGUUGUCAUCAAGCCAGCACAGGUGUCUCCACUCACUGCUCUCAAAUUUGCUGAACUCUCUGUGAGGGCAGGCAUUCCCCCUGGCGUGAUAAACGUUCUCCCUGGAACAGGGAGCGUGUGUGGGCAGGCCAUUGCUGAUCACAAAGAUGUACGAAAGUUGGGCUUCACAGGAAGCACAGAAAUCGGCCAAGUAAUCAUGAAAUCAUGUGCAGUGAGCAAUUUGAAGAAGGUUUCAUUGGAACUUGGAGGGAAAUCCCCAUUUAUCAUCUUUGCUGACUGUGACCUUGAUAAAGCUGUCAGGAUGGGAAUGAGCAGUGUCUUCUUCAACAAAGGCGAAAAUUGCAUUGCUGCAGGACGGCUAUUCGUGGAGGAGGCCAUCCAUGAUGAAUUUGUGAAGAGGGUUGUUGAAGAAUGCAAGAAAAUGGUCAUUGGAGACCCAUUGAACCGUGGUACAGCACAUGGGCCGCAAAAUCACAAAGCACACCUUGAUAAGCUGCUCGAGUACAUUGAUGUUGGGUUAAAAGAAGGUGCCACAUUGGUGUAUGGGGGCGCAAGGGUCGACCGUCCUGGAUACUUCUUGCACCCCACAGUCUUUACAAAUGUAGAAGACCAUAUGUUUCUUGCCAAAGAAGAAAGUUUUGGUCCCAUCAUGGUAAUCUCCAAGUUUGCUAAUGGGUGAGUGUUAAGGAUAUUGUUAAUCUAUGUAGGCCU